AUGCCUGUGCCACAUCCUGUGCUGAGCAACGACCGUUGGUUCGUCGCGCCCGUCGACGCAAUGGAUUCAGUCGCGCCUCCUUCCCAGCAAGAGAUCCAACGCAAGUUGUCUAUGCAUUCCCCCACUGGCCCAGUCCCGAUAUCCAAGCGCAACUCUAUGCGUCAAACGUCAGCGCUCUCUGGGACCGAAUCCGACUCUGAUGCGGGGGGUGCACUAGCCAGUAGCUUUUCGCCAAGUGUAACAAGUCAGGGUAUCACUUCAGAGUUCUCAACUUCGCUGCAACCAUUAUCCGCUAUCGCCGAGAGACGCAACCCAAGUGGAGAAGAGACAGACGAAGAUGACGAUGAAGAGGAUGGCCGUAUUUUCCCCACUCGUGUUCCCGCAGAGAAGGAAGUCAAGGACGAAGCAGUGAUUAAGAGUGGAUUCUUGUGUAAGAAAGGAGAACGUCGCAAGACAUGGAAGAAGCGCUGGUUCGUUCUCCGUACAGCCAAGAUUAGUCUAUACAAGAAUGAACAGGAGUACAAGCUUCUUCGACUUGUUGACCUAAACGACGUUCACUCAGUCGCACCGUGUGAAUUAAAGAGACACUCGAACACAUUCGCUGUCGUUACUCCUGCGCGAACCUACUACCUACAAGCCGAAAACGCAGCCGAGUGUGAAUCAUGGGUUCACGCAAUGAACGACGCCAGAGUUCGGCUCAAAGAGAUGGGCACGGAAACCCCGGUCCCUCAGACACCUCCAUCUGGCCCGGCGAUCACGAUUCCCACCGUCACUCAGUCACCAACCCAAGCACCUCAUGCUAGUUCCAGUGUUCCACAUCAAGUUCCCGCGUCUCCACUUCAACACACCAUGUCAAGUUCUGAUUCUGAACCUGAAGAUGAAGGAGUGGCUCUCCAACCCGUCGAUCCCAAGCAGAUCGUCUUACAAGGCUACUUGAUGAAGUGUGGGACCCAUAUGAAGAACUGGAGAAAGCGAUACUUUAUUCUUACACCUGAGACACUAAAGUAUGGGAAAAGUCAUAUGAAUACAAAAGGGAUGAGGGCGGUCCAGGUUACACAAAUUUUGGAUGCUAUCGAAACUACCGCUUCGAAAUCAGCCCCAUCUGCGUCACCGACUACCACUAAUGGUGACAAGGAACAUAUAUUUAAGAUUAUAACCCCCAAGAAGUCGUUCAUGCUCUGUGCGCCCAGCGAAGAAGAGGAAAUCAAAUGGCUUAGUGCAGUCCGCGCGCUGAUCGCUCGUCGAGCUGCAGCUGCUGCAGGUUCCCCAUCCCACGAAGAGGACACCAGCCGGACACGCGCCAAGAGUAUCAGCACUCGAAGCAUUGCAGAAGUUGUUGGAUCCCCACUUCCCGCAUCGAGUUCCCCAGUUGCCACCAGAUGA